ACUUAUGCUGUGGUCCGCUGUUUUGUCGGUCGUAGUCGGUUGGCUCCGGUUUCCUUCAUGCACAGCACCCCAGGAGGCCGAAAUCCUUCCCAAGCAUGCCACGGCUAGCAGUUCCGCACAUCCUUCCUUGAACCGCGGCGUCAAUCGUACAGCUAUGUCUUUCUGUUUUUACGGUGCUCAUGUUGCUCCGAUCCUGGGCCGUUUCAUUGACCAAAGCAGGUCUAGCCUGGAGAAGAACCAACCUUACAAACUGCCACGAACCAAAGUGGAUAUCAGCGUGCUAACCGUAGACAAUAUCCUCGUGUACGGCCUCCAAAACGCGUAUUUGCGCGACGGUACCACACUCCAGUGCAACGCGACCGCGCUGAAUGUUUGGCUCAAUGCUGGCAUCAAGGAGAUGAGAGCUGCUGUAGAUUGGAAAGUGAAGCACGUGUACCUGAAUGGCAAGGCUGAACUCUCGUUCGAUGCCCUCGAAGCCGAUGUGAAAGCAGUGAUACCGGCACCCAAGGAGUCGAGGAUCGUGGUUGAAUCGGUGAAGAUCGUCAGCAUUGAAGGUGCUCGCAUGAGGAUGUUGGGGCCACUCAUCUUCAAUGUCUUGGUGACGCCGAACGAGCAGUCUGUCACUGAAUACUUGGAGUAUUUCUCGAUGCUUGUCGUGCAGAAAUACGUCGAAAACCAGGUGUGGCCAUUUUAGCGGCGCUCUAAUAAAAGGGAAAAUGAAAUUAAAUGAUGAA